AAAGGAAAAAAAACUACCAAAUCGCAAAGACACCGGAGCAUAAAUCUUUUACUUUUCCGUAGGUUUAGAAUUAGUCUGUGAUAUAGUGUCCUCACCGCCUCAUCAGCCUCUUUGUUUCCCCUUUCAUGGAUGAAAUCCAGAUGGAAAUUCAAUGCCCAUCUUCCUUCAUGGAUGGAUUCUCUCAUUAUACCCUCCAUCAUGAAGAAGCCACCAACUUCUCAAAACCCAUUUCCUGCAACCUCAAAAUCUGUCCUCAACCACGCAGACUUGAGCUCUCUUCUCUCUGUUUGUGGCAGAGAUGGAAACCUUAAUCUUGGUUCUUCCAUCCAUGCCCGUAUCAUCAAGCAACCUCCAUCUUUCGAUUUUGAUAGCUCCCCACGCAAUGCCCUUUUUGUUUGGAACUCUCUCCUCUCCAUGUAUUCCAAAUGUGGCAAACUGCAGGAUGCCAUCAAGCUGUUUGAUCAUAUGCCUGUGAAAGAUACUGUGUCAUGGAAUGCAAUUAUUUCUGGGUUUUUAAGGAACAGGGAUUGUGACACGGGUUUUAGGUUCUUUAGGCAAAUGAGUGAGUCAAGGACAGUGUGUUGUCUAUUUGACAAGGCUACACUGACUACAAUGUUGUCGGCUUGUGAUGGACUGGAGUUCUCUAGUGUGACCAAAAUGAUCCAUUGUUUGGUGUUUGUUGGUGGUUUUGAGAGGGAAAUUACAGUGGGGAAUGCACUUAUUACAUCAUAUUUUAAAUGUGGGUGCUUUAGUCAAGGUAGGCAGGUUUUUGAUGAGAUGCUUGAGAGGAAUGUUGUAACUUGGACGGCAGUGAUUUCAGGCCUUGCACAAAAUGAAUUUUAUGAGGAUGGUUUGAGAUUGUUUGAUCAAAUGCGUCGCGGGUCAGUGAGUCCUAAUUCUUUGACAUAUUUGAGUGCACUCAUGGCUUGUUCAGGUUUACAAGCAUUAUUGGAAGGACGUAAAAUUCAUGGACUGCUAUGGAAAUUGGGAAUGCAGUCAGAUUUAUGCAUUGAAAGUGCUUUGAUGGAUUUGUAUUCAAAGUGUGGAAGUUUAGAAGAAGCAUGGGAGAUUUUUGAGUCUGCUGAGGAACUUGAUGAUGUUUCCUUAACUGUUAUACUUGUAGCUUUUAUGCAGAAUGGACUCGAGGAGGAAGCUAUCCAGAUAUUUAUGAGAAUGGUAAAAUUGGGGAUUGAAGUUGACCCCAACAUGGUUUCUGCCAUUCUUGGGGUAUUUGGUGUUGGUACUUCUUUGACUCUUGGCAAGCAGAUUCACUCUUUAAUUAUAAAGAAGAACUUCAUUCAGAAUCUGUUUGUUAGUAAUGGACUUAUAAACAUGUACUCCAAGUGUGGAGAUUUGUAUGACUCACUGCAAGUCUUUCAUGAGAUGACUCAAAAGAAUUCAGUGUCAUGGAACUCUGUGAUUGCAGCUUACGCUCGCUAUGGGGAUGGUUUCAGAGCGCUUCAAUUUUAUGAUGAUAUGAGAGUGGAGGGUAUAGCUCUGACGGAUGUAACAUUUUUGUCAUUGCUUCAUGCUUGCAGUCACGCAGGCUUAGUUGAGAAGGGCAUGGAGUUUUUGGAAUCUAUGACUAGAGAUCACGGAUUAAGUCCGCGUUCUGAACAUUAUGCCUGUGUUGUUGACAUGUUGGGGAGGGCUGGACUUCUUAAGGAAGCUAAAAAAUUUAUUGAGGGAUUGCCUGAGAAUCCUGGUGUACUGGUUUGGCAAGCAUUGCUUGGUGCUUGUAGCAUACAUGGUGAUUCUGAGAUGGGUAAAUAUGCUGCAAAUCAACUGUUUUUGGCUACACCAGACAGCCCGGCUCCUUACGUUUUGAUGGCGAACAUAUAUUCUAGUGAAGGGAAAUGGAAGGAGAGAGCACGUUCCAUUAAGAAAAUGAAAGAGAUGGGGGUAGCAAAAGAAGUGGGUAUAAGCUGGGUUGAGAUUGAAAAGAAAGUCAAUAGUUUCGUAGUAGGGGACAAAAUGCAUCCUCAAGCUGAUGCUAUAUUCUGGCUUUUGUCCAGGUUAUUGAAACACUUGAAAGAUGAAGGCUAUGUUCCUGACAAAAGGUGUAUUCUCUAUUACUUGGAUCAAGAUAAAAAGGAUUAGGACCUGUUUGAUUUUCUAUUGCUGAGUUGUUUCUCUGCAUUUAUUCUGAUGGUUCAUUUUCUAGUGAGAAGAACCCUAUAGAUGUUUGUGCGGAAAACUAGCCAGAACUUGGUUUGGAUCGGAUCGUGGAUCAUGGACAAAAAGUACAUUACAUCAAUACAUCAUUAAAAUAAUGGCACGACAAUUUUGUUUUCUUAUAAUUAUGCAUGAACAAUUAAGAUAAAUAUUAUGAGCAUGUACAUGGUUGCAUGAUCACAUCCUCACUUGAUAUGUUUCUUCUCCUGCACGAUCAAGAUUCAAGACAAAAAAGAUUAGUCUCUGCAUUUAUUUGUUAUUGUUCAUUUUUUAGUGAGAAUCCCAUUAACGUUUGUCCAGAAAACUAGCCAGACUAGAGCUUUGUUUGGAUGACAGACAUAAGUACAUUUCAUCAAUAGUUAACUAAAUGAUGGUAA